GUGGCCAGGCAGCAAGACAGAUCAAAACCAGUACUGCAAGAUCUCCCUCAGUUGUCCUGUCUCGCCCAGAAAGACAAGCCUCUGGGCCCAUGGCCAUGAACGGGGGAUCGUCGGGCCUCGUACAAUUCCUCUCGGAUCUGCAUCUCGAAGCCAGCAAAGACUACUCGACCUUUGACUUUCCCGUCACGGCACCCUAUCUCUUACUUUCUGGCGAUGUCGGUAGUCUAUCUGAAUACGACAGCUAUCUCGGGUUCAUCCGGCGUCAGACGGAUCGGUACGAGGGUGUUUUACUAGUUCUUGGCAAUCACGAGUUUCAUGGCCUCACGUACGGCGGGGCACUCGCAGAGGCGGCAAGGCUUGAAGCAGAGCCGUCGUUGAGAGGAAGGUUGCAUAUGCUCCACCGCCGCGGGUUUGAUAUCCCCGGUUCCAACGUGAGCAUCCUGGGAUGCACCCUAUGGACGAUGGUCCCUGAAGAGGCGGGAGGUGCGGUUGUGGAAAGGGUCAAGGAUUUCCGGCACAUUGAGGGAUGGAGUCUUGGGGCACACUGCGCGGCUCACAAGGCGGACUUGGGUUGGUUGAAGAGGGAGAUGCGGGAAGCGGUGACGCGUGGGAGAGAGGUUGUUGUUGCUACUCACCAUGCGCCUUCGCUUGAGGGGACGUCGGAGCCUAGGUUUGAAGGGAGCCCUUGGUCUUCGGCUUUCGCGACGGGUGUGUUGGAGGAAGUAGGGGAUUCUGCUCGGGUAAUUUGUUGGGUGUUUGGGCACACACACUUUUCGACAGAUACGGUGGUGAAGGGCAUUAGGAUUGUGAGCAACCAGAGGGGGUAUGUUGGGUCUGGGAGAGUUGCGAAGGAGGGGUUUGAUCCUGCCAAAGUAUUGUCUUAUUAG